GAGGAGCAUGUUGUGACAGCCAUGUCUCUGGAGAUGGAGAAGACCAUCAACAAGCUGAUGUACGACUUCCAGAGGAACUCCACCUCUGAUGAUGACUCUGGAUGUGCGCUGGAGGAAUACGCCUGGGUUCCCCCUGGCCUCAGCCCUGAGCAGGUGCAUCAGUAUUAUAACUCCUUACCAGAGGAGAAGGUCCCCUACAUAAACAGCCCCGGAGAGAAAUAUCGCAUCAAACAGCUGCUGCACCAGUUGCCCCCACAUGACAACGAGGUGCGUUACUGUAAUGCACUGGACGAGGAGGAGAAACGGGAGCUUAAGCUCUUCAGCAAUCAAAGGAAGAAAGACAACUUGGGCCGAGGCAACGUCCGUCCUUUCCCCCUCACCAUCAAUGGAGCCAUCUGUGAUAAGUGUGGUGGUCAGAUAAACGGAGGGGAUAUUGUGGUUUUUGCUGCAAGAGCAGGUCAUGGGAAAUGCUGGCACCCUCAUUGCUUUGUCUGCAGCAUGUGUGAGGAGCUGUUGGUGGAUCUCAUCUACUUCUACCAGGAUGGCAAGAUCUACUGUGGCCGGCAUCACGCCGAGAGGCUGAAACCCCGCUGCUGUGCCUGUGAUGAGAUAAUCUUUGCUGACGAAUGCACUGAGGCAGAGGGCAGGCACUGGCACAUGAAGCACUUCUGUUGCUAUGAGUGUGAGACCACCCUCGGUGGCCAGCGCUACAUCAUGAAGGAUGGACGACCACACUGCUGCAACUGCUUCGAGUCCCUUUACGCAGAGUACUGUGACGCAUGUGGAGAACACAUAGGCAUUGACCAAGGACAGAUGACGUAUGACGGACAGCACUGGCACGCAACUGAGGAGUGCUUUUGCUGUGCCCGCUGCAAGCGCUCUCUGCUGGGCCGCCCUUUCCUGCCAAAGCAGGGGCAGAUCUUCUGCUCACGGUCCUGCAGCGCUGGACAGGAUCCAGAUGAGUCUGACUCCUCUGACUCGGCCUUUCAAAGUGCCCGUUCUCGCGAAUCCCGCCACAGCACCAAGAUUGGGAAAAAGGAGCGCAGAAAUGCAGAGCAGGAACGGCGGAAUGCUGAGGCCCGCCAAUCUGGUCCUCCACCCAUGCCUGACCGCCUGUCUGCUGAAAUUGAUCCCCUGUCUGUUCAGAUGGACCGUUUAAGCCUCUCAUCUAGCCAGACUCCAAGCAGGACACCUAACCGCACACCCAGUCGCACUCCAAGCCGUGCCCCGAGCCUUAACCAGGUGUGGAUGAGCCGGGAUGAGCCCUAUGUCCCUGCUGUUUAUGAAGGCCCCCAGCGGGAAGCCUCCCCUACCCCUACACCUAUACAUUUGCUGGGUCAGUGUAACCCCAGGCAGGGCUACAAUCCCAACGCAAACGCUCAUCCUCCAGCCCAGAAUCCUGCCAACCCAGGAAAGAGGCCUGAUUCCUGGGGAAAGGAACAAGGCAAUGCCAAGAGGACCCCUAUGGCUGCCCUGAGGGGCCACUCCUUUAACGAAAACUGGAUCCACCACAGCCAGGAUGAGUUCAGGCCCAACAAGCUACGCACCCAGAUGAGCUUCAAUGAGAUGUCUAGCCAGAACCAAGGCUUCUCUGACAAGAGGAGCAUCAGCCUGCAUGGAUUCCAGCGAGACGGCAGACCCCCGCUGACCAGGAGGAACCCCAUCAAUGCCAUGAGCUUCAAUGAGCCCCUCACUCCUCUAGAACAGACCCCUCGUGGAUCCAUGGACUCCCUCACUAUGUCCAAUGCUACAGGUAACUCUCUGGAUGGAGUGAGCAAGCGUCAGGAGCAUUUGUCCAGGUUCUCCAUGCCCGACCUAAGUAAGGACUCGGGUGUGAAUGUGUCUGAAAAGAGCAACAUGGGCACCCUCAGCUCCUCUGUCCAGUUCCACAGCACAGAGUCACUGUCCUCCUCUCGACCCUACAACAACAACAAUAUGUACACUCCUCUGAGAGUCGGCUACCCGCUGCAGUACUGGGAUGGCCCGCAGCCGCUGGGCUUCGAUGGCAAAGGUCGUGUUGGGGUGAUGGGCAGCAGUGGAAACCUGCGGAUGGCUCCCAUGAGCGACAGAAUGCCCCGCCGACGCAUAAACGGGCAGGAACCCGUGUCACAGCAACAACCUCUACAACCAAGGCGCCGCAAACACCAUCGUGGAAACCACGGUAACGGGCAGCACCGCAGCGGCCGCCACCACAAACGCUCUCGUCGUUCCCGCUCCGACAACGCCCUUCACCUGGUGGCAGACCGGCCCGCUCAAAUGGUGGAGCUGCCCUACCGCCGAGUUCAGGAGGAUUACGAUCGCUUCCCCUCUGGUCAUGCUGCUCAGGAGUUGUUUGGUCUGGAGCCUGGCGGCUACAGACAGCAGCCCCACCGGCCCUGUCCCCGCACCACCUCUGAUCUCACCCUGCAGAAUGCUGGCUGGCAACCUGUGGGGCUGGGUGGGCCAUGCUGGGGCGAUGGGUACAUGGAAGCUGCUGACCCCUGGUGCUCCAGCUGUUCCUCUUCCUCCGAGUCAGAGGGAGAUGAGGGUUAUUUCCUGGGCGAACCGAUCCCUCGGCCUGUGCAGCUGUGCUACAUCAACAACGAGGAGCUGCGCCAUCGCUACAGCCCCUCUGGGAUGGGUGGCCAUCACGGACCUCUGCAUGGACCGAUUCAUGGCCAGCUGCACACUCGCCAGAGGAGGAAGAGCAAAAACUGCAUAAUUUCCUAG